AAUUUAACAAGGGUUGAGAUUUUGAUAAGAGAAUUUCGGAGAGAGAGGGAAGAGAGAGAGAGAGAGAGAGAUGGCAACAACGGUGAGCGGAGGAGGGGCUGAGGUACCGAAGAUAGUUUGGAACGAGAGGCAGCAGAGGUUUGAAACGGAGGACAAGAAAGCUUACAUACAGUACCAGCUCAGAGAUGGCGGCAAAGUCAUGGACAUACUUCAUACUUUCGUUCCUUCCUCCAAGAGAGGCCUCGGUUUGGCCUCUCAUCUCUGCGUCUCUGCCUUCACUCACGCCCACUCUCAUUCCAUGUCCGUCCUCCCCACCUGCACUUACGUCUCCGACACUUUUCUUCCUCGAAACCCAUCGUGGAAAUCUGUUUUGCACUCGGAUGAUCUCAAAUCUAAUAUAUGAAGCUUUCGGCAUUGUGCAUGUGUUAUCCUGUUAGCAUGCUUUUAAGGAAAUAAACUAUAAUACCUAAUGAAGAUUCUUCUCUUUCUUUUAUGACAUGCUUGUAAUCUUAACUGGUGGUUCUUCUCUUUACCUCUGUGCUUGUUACAGAGUCAUCUCUGCUGAGAUACUGCAAUCGAAAAACUAGAAUUAUGUUUCUGAUUUGCUUGCAAAUAAUCGUCAGGAGUUGUUGAACCUUCA